AUGUCAUAAAUGGAAUCAAUUUUGCGUGGAGGUGGCUGUGGAACUUCAAAAAUACACCCGUUAUAAUCAGGAAUCUCAAAGAUGGAUAAUUAAGAACUUCAAAAUUUCUUUAAUAAAUUCAACUUUUAUGUUGAGAAAAUUUGCACUAAGGCUGUUGUUGCUGCUGAUUAGUCAGAAUCUUAAGAAAUAAUGAUAGCUCUUUAGUGGUUUAAUUUUUAAGAAGAAAAUAUUUACAAUCUCAACUAAAAUGCUGAAAGUGUAGCGAAAUCUUACGAUUUAAUUUUAGAGGGAAUCAGAAAGUUAUUGAAAAGCUGUUUGAUCUACAUUAGAACAGAUUCGUUUAAAUGUUUAUAUAUCUUAUCAACAACAGCGUCUUUAUCGAAAGUGAUAUUUAGCUUCCAUAUAUUAAAACAGGAGAGAUUUAUGAAAUGUGAUUUAUAACAGGAAUUUUUGGAUAUCUCUGAUGAACUAAGAUAAUAAAUAAAAAUAGAGAAGAAUGAUUUGAUUCAAAAUUAACUAGAAGUCUAUCUUUUCUUAACAAAAACCUCUUUCGAAAUCUCACCAAAUAAUAGUAAUGAAAGGGAUGAAAUCUUAAAAGGAUGUUUAAGUGGGAUUAUUCGUUCGAUAAUUGAUAUGAAGCCAAGCGAAUAAUUGCUUGAAUCAUUAUUUCGAGGAGCCUGUCAUAUUUACAAAUUGCACGAGGUAAGCAACAAUAGAAAAUAAUUUGAAGUUUAUUAUUAAAUAGAUAUGUUGUAAUGGGAAAUAAUAAGCUAUUUUAAGAAUGACAAAUUUUAAAAUCUAGACGAAAUACUUUUAGAAGUUCAGCAGGUACAUGAAAACAUAGUAAAAAAUUCAAAUUUAUGGAAAUAUCAUUAUCUUUGGGUGUAGAUGAUUGGAAAAAUCUUAUAAUUUAAUCCUCUCAUAACUAAAAAGAAAUUAUCUCAGCUAAUAAAUUCUUUCAACUUUGGAUUAAAGCCAGAUUAAAUUUGGAACGAAUAUAAGAGAAAAGGAUUAUUAAUUUAAAUGAAUCAUAGAAAUGACUAAGCAGUCAUCUAACUUAAUUAACUUUAAAAUAGUUAAUUAAGUUAAAUGGAUACAUAAAUAUUAGAAGUCUUUUUCAAAGAAUGGGAAAUGUUUUUAUUACUUAAAGAUUUUCUCAUAAAUGAACAAUAUUUAAAUAACUCAUUUACGUUUGGAUCAUAUCUAAAAAGCACAUUAGUUAUUGAAGGAAAUGAACUCUAAAAAAGUGAAAUUAUAUCUGCAAUUAAUAAUAUCAAGACGUUUUAAGACAUUAUGGUUUCCAAGAAUUUGCUUACUUUAAUUAAAUAAAAUGAUGAGAAUUUGGAUGGAGUUAUAAAAAUUUUGAGUAAUUUUAUGAAAAAUAAGCAAUAUAAUGAAAGAACUACAUUAAAAAUUUCCUUAUAACAACUCAAAAAAAUCAUAUAAAAAUUAGAAGACAAUUUCAUAAAUACUUAGGAUAUCAUAAAAAUUAUGAGUCUGAAUUAAGGCAAAUUGAUAAAGAAAAGUGAAAAUAAGAAUUUUGAGGAAAUUAAUAAAUUGUCAAUUAAAAAAGAGCUAUUAGAAUUGUAUAUUCUUGAAGAUCAAAAUGUUAAUGGAGAGGAUGAUACUAUGAGAAAUUUAAUUUUUGAGGAGCUUAAAAAUUUUGAUUUCAAACCUUAUAAAUAUUCUUUUCUUGAGUCACCUUAUAAAAAUAAAAGCAAAGUUGUUGGAGAAGUUUAAGAGUUGAUCUAGAUUUAUCAGAAAGAAAUUUACAAGUUAGAGAUAAAUGAGCUUCAAAAUGACUUGUUGCAAUAUUUUUAGAAUUUAGUUAAUAACCUAGGUUAAUUUUAUAAAAACAAGUGUAAAGAAAUUUAAAACACCUUUUCAGACUUCAAUUUACACCUUAAGGAAACUAUGAUCAUGAUGUAUUAAUUUGAGGCAGUUCCAAAAAUUGCUGAACUUAAUAGAAUUAAAUAAUGCUUUGCUGAUAAGCACUUCCUUGAAUUUGUAGAAAGCUUAAGGUUCAAAAUUUUAAUGCUAAAAAUAAAAUUGGUUGCUUCAAAGAAGUCUUUUUAAUUGAUAUUAGAAAAAGGGGAACCAGAGAAAUUAAAAGGAUUGUCAAAACUCAUAAACAUUGAUGAAUUUUUGCUCAAUGUAAUUGAAGAUUUUCCACAAAGAAUUAUGAGAGAAAAUGUAAACUUAAACCUAUUGCCUUCUGAAUUAUGCAACAUUGAAACCACAGAAGAAAUUUUUGAAGUUAAUUUAUCAAAGUAAAAAGGAAUAAUAUAAUACCUCAUAUUUAAAUAGAGUAUAAAUAAAAAACUGAUUGAAAAAUUAGGGGAAGAUUUAGAUUUGAUUGAAAAAGAAUUUGGAGAUAUAUGUAUCACUGAUUCUCCUUCCUAAUAGUCUAUGUUGAAAAUUAAGAAAAUUUGUUAAGAUCUAGAACCAAUAAGUUGA